AUGGUGGCUUACUACAUUAGUAAAAGUGCUCUUUGGAUCCUGACAAUCAUAGGACUGGUGUGUAACUCCUUAGCCUUUGUGACGAUCUCCAAGAUCAAGCCAUUCAGCACCUCGUCGUUCUACGUGGCGCUGUUGGCCGUCUUAGACACGCUGGUGCUUCUAACACGGUUGAUUUACCAGCAGAUGACGGGGUUUGACGUGCCCAUGGGCAAUAUCGGCUGCGCCGCCUUCACCUACGUCGGCCAAUGUAUUCUUCACAUCUCCACAUGGACACUCGUUAUUAUGACCAUUGAACGCUUUGUAGCCGUCUGGUUCCCUUUGCGGGUAAUGGAACUCUUCACCAUGCGGAGGGCGAAAAUCUCUGUAGCCAUAAUUGCCGUGGUACUUCUCCUCGUGAACAUUCAUAACACGUGGACUUAUGAAGAGGUAUGGCAGGACCCCCCACAGGGGCUAAACUGCGUACCGCGACCUGAAUACGUCUAUUUCCAUAAGAUCGUGUGGUACUGGAUCAAUUCAUGCGUGUACGCGUUUUUCCCUUGUGUCAUUUUAAUAGGGUUAAACGGCCUGAUCAUUUGGGGAAUGCGGCGCUCGUUUAAAGUUCAGAAGAAGAUGACAAAUGGCGAGUGUGUGGGUUCGAGCAAGCAGACUCAGCAGCGACAAAUAACAAUCAUGCUGGUCACCGUUUCCGUCGCUUUCGUUUGUUUCCUCUUGCCCAUUUGUAUAUUUCAUCUUGUCUCCGUAAAUUGGAACUACGCGAAAAGCACCGAGGAAACGGCAAGGUACCACCUCGCCAGUGAGAUCGUCUUCUUUGUGGCGGAAAUCCACCAUGCUAUCAAUUUCUUGUUUUACUUCUUCAGCAGUCGGAAGUUCCGCACUGUGCUAAUUAAGCUGGUGUGUUGUAGGCAGCGAUCCAGCCGCGGCUCGCUCUACACUUCUCAGCCAACUGUCACCUCCACCAGCACUCUCAGCACAACUCUCUCCAUGCGUCGUUGA